UCAUCAGCCGUGCCGUCGUACUAUCGCAGAAGGAGUUCGACCAGUUCGACAGAAGAGACUGAAAGAAAGGGAGAGAGCGAAGCAAAAAGGACAACAUAAGUCUCGAGGAGGCGGUCGCCUGAUGCGGCGAGCUUCGGGCCGAUCGUGUGCGUUGAGCAGGUUGAAGUAAACCGCGAUUCGCCGUGUUUCCUGAUGAAGAGGACGCUUAAAACGCUCGACCGACGUGACGUAAGAGCGCCACGGUUCCAUCGAUACUCAUACUUUACACCUCGACCAACUCUGAUUUAUACGACGUUGCCGGGCAUCAGAACGUUCCCCGACGUGAAUGGACGUUGGUUCACUCAUCUAUUAUAAUCUAGAGAAAGAGGGAGAGUGCGUGAAGAGUGGAGUGAGAAAGACAACGAGAGAGACGGCGAAGUUAGACUAGACUGGUGUGGACUGGUGAUUGGAAUCACCUAACCCAUCGUCGCGACCGGGUGCGAGAAGGCGCUGGUUUGGACUUUUAUCGGCAGAUCCUUAUCGAUGGUGCGCGAGAACCGAUCGACCGUAAGCGCGUCGAUCAUCAUCACCGGCCGUGAGAUCAUCAUGCAAACAUUAUGACGGACGUCCGCCCUUGUCGUGACACGAAGAACCCUCCCAGCCGCCCGCCCCGCGCUCUUCCACUGGUACCGCGCGAACACGGCGGUGAGGUUGGAAAGCCAACCAGGGAAUAAGAAGAAGAAGAAGAACACGGCGAGGGAGUCGUAGAGGGAUGUACGAGCGUGAGCGUGAGUCGCAAGGCGUCGGUGUGUGAAGAGCCUGCGGGAUCCGGACGAUAGGUCGCCGUGAUUUUGUUCGAGUGUUGAGACCGCUCAGUCAACCAUGAAGAAGCAGUUUUUCCGGGUGAAGCAGCUCGCCGAUCAGACCUUCUCUAGAUCUGGUAAAACGGAGGUACUAACAGAUGAUUUAGUGGCUGCUGACAAGCAUGUUGAACAGAUUAGAGCAGCUCUCACCUGUCUCAAUAAAAGACUCGGAAAUCCACCGAAUCAAACUAUCACCCAAGAUCCAGCUCUUAAGGAGAAACGCUUGAAAAAAUGCCCCGAGUAUGUACUCGGGCAAACUAUGUUGGAGAAUGCCGGCGAGGAUGGCCUCAUGAGUUUUGCGCUAGUAGAAUGUGGACGAGUGCAGAUGUCACUGGCUAACGAAGCCAUGGAUCACGAGGCUAAAGUCGAACAAUAUGUGGCUACUCCGCUGCAACAUAUUUUAGACACUGACGUACCAAAUAUAUUGAAGCAUAAGAGAAAUCUGCAUCGUCUUACUAUGGAUAUGGACAGUGCCAGAACAAGAUAUUUUCAAGCAGUUAAACUUAGUCAUAGUAAACUUAGUACUGGCCCAGGAGCAACAAAGAUAGAAAACUUGAGGGAAGAAUUAGAAGAUGCCGAAUCGAAAGUUGAGCAAUGCCGAGAUCAGUUGGCAGCAGAAAUGUUCCAGCUCAUGUCACGUGAGACUGAAUUAGCUCAGACGAUUAUUCAGUAUAUAAAACUUCAACGAGCAUAUCAUGAAAGUGCAUUGCAUUGUCUUGAAGAUAUUAUACCUGGAUUGGAAUGCUAUAUUAAUGAUAAUGAAAUGAAACCUGUUUAUGGAUAUCCUCUUGAAGAGCAUCUUAGAGUAACAAACAGAAAAAUUGCACUGCCCAUACAACUGUGUGUAUCCGCGUUACUGCGUCUGGGUAUAGAGGAGGAAGGUCUUUUCAGAAUAGCUGGCGCUGCCUCGAAAUCACGACGAAUUAAAUUAAGUUUGGACGCCUGUUGUCUUACUUUAACGACGGCCCUUGAAUACAAAGAUCCACAUGUUAUUGCUGGCGCAUUGAAAUCAUACUUACGGGAAUUACCGGAGCCUUUAUUGACGUACAAAUUGUAUCCCGAAUGGAUGGCUGCUGUAAAAAUUUCACACAGUGACAUGAGAUUACGAGCUCUUUGGGAAGUAUUACAUAAGUUACCACCGGCGAACCUGGAAAAUUUGCGGUUUUUAAUUAAGUUUCUAGCUGUGCUCACGAAGAAUCAAGAUGUAAAUAAAAUGACACCGCAGAACAUCGCUAUCGUCAUCGCACCAAAUCUAAUUUGGAGUCCACAAGAGGACACAAAUACAAUAGUGAUGAACAUGAGUACAGCAAACAACUCUAGUCUUAUAGUAGACCAAUUAGUUACGUAUGCAGAUUGGUUCUUCCCCGGCGAAGUGGAUUUUGAUCGCGAUCUUUGGGGCAUCAUCAAUGAUACAGAACAUCAGACUGUCGGCAUGCGCCGCUGUGUGUCUAAUAGUAGUCUUAGUGAUCAUGGUGAAAGUCCGACGCAAGGCAGCCCGAAACCAGCAGCACGUCGAAAGAAUAAACUAGCGCCAACACCGCCGAGCGGUAAUACUCCAGAUCGACAUGACAAACCUCCACCGACACCAGACAAACCACCGAGAGCCUUGACAUCCACUUUGAAUCGAGCAACGUUUAAAAGUCAAAAGCACGAAGUGAAUACCGAAUUGAUAAGAUACGAAAGCAACGUGGAAAAACGAGACAUACAAGAGAAGCAUUCGGAGGCGGAACCGAAAUCACAGUCGGUCUCAGAAUUGAUUUCGACGGAUGUUCAUUCUACCGAUAAUCCCGAACGAUUGCAGGAAACCGUCGUUCACCAAAGUGAAGUCUUCAAUUACGAUGAAGUAGACAAAAAUGUCCAAGAACAGCAGAAAUGCGAUACAAAAGUAAAUGUAUUGAGUGCAAAGGAGAAACCAAAUGGAAACUCGUCCGAUAGUACAAGUGUUGCUAAAAUAAUUAGCAACAUUAACCUCCAUCCAGAAAUGGAACAUAAUGAAACUAUAGUGCAGAGACCAAAACCAGUGCCUACAGAGAAACCAACCACAUUAGAAAGAAAAAGGCCGAUUGCAGCACCGAGAAGUAUAACUAAUAUCGUGCAUAACACAGCAGAAGAAGGAGUCGAAUUACGUAAAAAACUAGAGAGUAAUACGAACGUAACACCGAAUGAAAGAAUAAGCAGUAAACCAGCGAUACCUGAGCGACCACCCGGCUUAAUUCGCCCGUCGAGUCUCAUGAGGCAACAGCCACGUUCCACUAACGAUAAUCUAGAAACCGAUCCGGGGCCUUUAACGCUGGAACGAGCUCAUGUGUAUUCCGUGGACAAACAGCAGGUCAGUAUAAUACAAGUGCGUGGGGGGAACAACGCCAUCCCGGGCGAGAGCACUGGCAACACGGCAACUUCGAACUUGCAGAGAAGCCCAAGCGUGGGUAGCAGGCCAUCGUCGAUGUCGUUAUACGGCGCUGAACGCCCGGAGAAGCCCGAGAGGCCGGAUGCGCCGCGUGAACAGCAGGCGAAGGCGCACGCACGCACCAGAUCGGAAGGUAAUAUUAUAGAUGUCCAAACGCAGACCAAUACGGUGGUGACGGUUCUCAAGUCGCCGCAACAGAAGCCGGCCUCACCGAGGAUUCACCAGCGACCGCCAAGGCCGCAACCGCCGCCCCCGCCGCCGCCUACUGCACGGCCUAAAUCGGAUCAAGAAAGCACCAACCUAUAGCGUAGCACGAUACGAUACAAGAGACAAUUACGAUCUUGAGUUUGGGACUCUCGAGAAUUCACCGAUUUAUUACGGUUAAAAAAGUUCUACACAUGACAAUAUGUCACUGACACAGUCUAUUAAGUGAAUAAGAAUUGUAAAAAGUUAAUGGAAAUCUUCGAUCGAUUGAAAAAGCUUCGUGAUCGUAUUUAUGUAAAGAGACAACGUUCAUUCGUCGGUGAAUGAAAACGAGGCGAGUAUUUUGUAGGUUUGAUAUAAGAUUCGGACAGAGUUACUCUAUUUUUUCCGUGAUCUCCCUAUUUGUACGAUUUCUUAUAUCCGGUAUCCAAUUCGCAAGAUAAUCCUUAUAAGAGCAUUCUGACAAUUGCCAUUGUAUGAAAACGAGAGGAAGACCCGAGUACGUAUUUUAAAGGCGUUUUGCAUUCGGCAGCUAUUAUCACGCCGCGUAUAUGUGUCGUUUCCAAACUGUUUUAGGAACAUAUCUAAUUUCGUAAUCGAUCAUAAUAUUUUGCAGCCUAUUACUAUCGACUUUUAUACUUAUUGCGAAUAAGGAAAAACGAAUUUAAGAGUAAGAACACUUCGCAUUUCCAAUGUAAGCAUUCAACAAGCGCACAAAGCUCGGUGCGUGUAAUAUACGUGAAACUAUAAUUACAGGAGUGAAACUUUAACCCGCGGAACAUUAAAUAACAUUUUCACUUACAAUACGAAUUUGUAACCGAUACGUCCAUUGAUAGAAAAACGAAUUAAUGUACGAAAUGACCGACAUGAUUAAUAUAUUGGAAUUGAAUCAACGGGUGAUAUUUAUUAGUGAAGCUUGUUUGUUAAUCGUUACAAAACGAACGUAUCUUGCUUUAUAUUUAAUGACUUUUGACAUUCGGCUCUGAAUUACUGUUAAUACCUAAGAUUCGACUUUUAAUAUAGUUAAAUAUUAAUUUUUAAAUCACGAUAUAUUUCCAUGCAAUGAACUCGUGAUCCUGAGUUAUCAGAAUAAGACAGAAAAAUUGUGUGUGCAUAUACAUAUGUCG